UUCUCAGGCUUUAUGCAUGAGGAGGGAGCCGCUUCCCAUAGACCAGGCGCCAAGUGUAGCAGUGCCGUCCGCAGUCUGCCUCAGCACCUCAACCGCCCGCAAUGCCCUUGGACACUGGCGCUCCGCUCGAUUCCGCCACGCACUGACUAAUCGUGACAUCUCAGCGAGUUACUCCGGAUCUCUACUUUGGGACUUUUUGCGCACACUGUCCUGACACAUCUACGCUGAGUGAAACAAAUGGGGAAGGUCCAAGGAUAACAGGGUGCAGGAUUUUGUUACUGCAGAAGACCUGCCGGUAGUUCGCUGUCCGGAGGGGGGGCUGGCUGCGCCUCUGUCAGAGACCGUAGUGCCGCAUCCACUGUUUUGAUCAUCUAAACUCGCCUUGCAUGGAUACAUCAUGGCUACAUUUAUAUGCAGGGUGCAGUUUUUAGAUGAUACUGAUCCAUUUAACAGCACCAAUUUCCCCGAGCCCACCAGACCGCCUCUGUACACCUUCAGGGAAGAUAUCCCUCUGAUAAAUCAGAUUGCUGGAGUCCACAGGCUGUUAAAAGCCCCACACAAGCCCGAUGACUGUGCCCUUCAGCUGUCCCAUAAUGGAAGCUACUUGGACCUGGAAUCUACGCUGGCAGAACAGCGAGAUGAACUGGAGGGAUUUCAGGAGGAUGGAGGACGAGGAAAGAAACACGGCAUCAUUCUUCGAACGCAGCUAUCAGUCAGAGUUCACGCGUGCAUCGAAAAACUCUACAACUCAACAGGACGGGAGCUGCGGAGAGCCCUCUUUUCCCUCAAGCAGAUUUUUCAGGAUGACAAAGACCUUGUGCACGAGUUUGUGGUGGCCGAAGGACUCACGUGUUUGAUAAAAGUUGGAGCCGAAGCCGACCAGAACUACCAGAAUUACAUCCUCAGGGCUCUUGGUCAAAUAAUGCUGUACGUGGACGGGAUGAACGGCCUCAUAUCUCACAAUGAAACGAUCCAGUGGCUUUACACGCUGGUUGGAUCCAAGUUUCGUCUGGUGGUGAAGACAUCCCUAAAGCUGCUGCUGGUGUUUGUCGAGUACACCGAGUCCAAUGCUGCCCUUCUCAUAAAGGCUGUGAACGCUGUGGAUACCAAAAGGGGUACAAAACUGUGGUCAAAUGUCAUGGAGAUCCUUGAUGAGAAGGAUGGAGUGGAUACAGAGCUGCUGGUGUUCGCAAUGACGCUCAUCAAUAAGACGUUGGCAGGCCUACCAGACCAGGACUCCUACUAUGACAUGGUGGAUUGUCUGGAGGAGCAAGGCAUCGAAGCCACGGCCCAGAGACACCUAAGCAGAAAAGGCACUGAUCUCGACCUCGUGGAACAGUUCAACAUCUAUGAGAUGACUCUCCGUCAUGAGGACGGUGACGAUGACACCCAGUUGCCCCCGAGUGGGCGAAAGGACCGCCGGCGGGCCAGUGUCGGCGGCACUAAUGAGAGGCGAGGCCUGGAGAGAAGACGCAGCCGGAGACAUUCGCUUCAGAAUAGCAGAGGCCAUGCUUCUGCCCCAGCAUCACCCAGCACCAGUCACGCUCGUGCAAGUGGCUUCCUCCGCUUUGGUAGCCAGCAUGAAGAUAUCAGUGAAAGGGAAGAGGAAGAGGAAGACGAUGAGGCUGAUAAGGAGGAGGGUGAGGAGGAGGAGGAGGAGGAUGAGGCAGAUGAUGAAAGUCAUCCAGUCUCUGAUUCCUCUAGUCAGGGCACUCACAGUGCGGUUCCAGAUGUAGCAGACACUCCUAACAUGUGUUUGAACAUAAAGUGUAUGGCCAACAUCCUCCCUAAAGCCAGUGACCCUGAAGGGCAGAGAGAGUAUCUCAGCGUCAAGACCAGGGCAUCUUCUCCUGUGUCCGUUCCACCUAAAAAGAGGACCUUUAGUCCUUGUCUGACAGAUAAUGCAUCUCCUUCAUCUUGCCCUGCUAGAAAGCCCUGCUGGGCUGAAAGAAUCAGUGGCAAUGGCACUCAACAUCCUGGCGUCAAAUCCAUAUCCCAGAACCAAACUCCUACAUCACCCGUCCGUCGUUUUAAUAGUUCAGCAACCUCCACACCAGAAUCCAAACCUGACAGACCUGCUAUAGGGGGGCUGCUAACAUUAUCAUACAGACAGCAUCAGGAGUCUCUGGCUGCAGAGAGAGAGAGGCGACGCCAGGAAAGAGAGGAGCGACUGCAGAGGAUUGAAAGAGAGGAGAGGAACCGCUUUAGUCGAGAUUAUGUUGAAAAGAGGGAAGAAGCAAGACAAGCCAGAGAAGAAAGGUACAAGGCUGUGGAACGGGUAGCUGCGGAGGAGUUUGAGCGGGAGCGCCCCAAAGUGCCAACAAGAGGGCGAACGGAGAUAACUCUGUGUUUGAGUCCAAACCCCGCCAGCCGCUCAGCAUCCCGCUGUGCUACACCUUCAUCCGUGAUUUCACAGGAAGACACCUCCACCAUCACACACCAGAGUUUGGGAACAGAACACAUCCCACAUGCUGAACCACAGACCAGAAUAAAAAGCGCAGCACCAGAGUUACCAGUAUUAGAACCUUCCCCUGCACCUCCCCCUGAACCAGACAAACAGCAAACUGAGGCGGUGUCGCAGGCAGAGACAGAGGAUGUUGUUGCUGAAGAGAAGGUAGCGGUAGAGGUGGCUUCAAUUGGACAGUCAGGCAAGAGUAAGGAAGAGACACGAGAGCAGGUGAAGCUUGAGGAGCGGAGACAGCGUAUGGAUGAGGCAGCAGAAGAAGAAGCAGAUGUAACUGAUAAGGUAAAGGAGGGAGAGCCGGAUGUAGAAGCAGAAGCAGUAGAGUUGGAGGAGGAGUCUGAGAAGGAGCAGGUGACAGAAAGGGAUGUAGAUGACAGUGUGCUGUUGAGUGAAAAAGAGAGGCAGAAUGAAGAGGUGAAUGAAAAGGACAACUGCUCUGCAUCCAGCAUCUCCUCCACAAGUAGCACUCUGGAGAGAGAGGAGCGGGAGGUGAAACUCAACCGUGAAAUCGAAGCAGGCCAAUGGACUCAGUGCAUUAAAGAGGCAGAUGUGAAUGACCACUGCAACAAAAUUCUCAACGGGAAACGCUUCAUGCUGGACAUGCUCUAUGCUCAGAAGACGGCCGCUGAGGAUGAUGGGAAAGUGGGAGAAUCUGAAAAGGAGAAGUGUAAAUGUGAGAAGGAGGAGGUGAAUGACUCUGUGGCGAGUUUGGCUAGCAGGAUCUCCACACUGGAGGCUCACAGACAGGCCAGAGAAGAAAAUGUGAAAAAGAUGGAGGUGGGAAAUCUGGACAAUCAGGGCAGCGUCCGGGCAGUGGCGGGGAAGUUUGGAAAUUUGGUCAAAGGCCUGACAUCUCCACCUGAAGCAGAGAUGUCAAAAGAGCAGCAACAGGCUGAAAAAUCAUCGCCCGCUGCCUCGUCAACGUUAGCCCCAAAGAAAGAGUCGGACUAUAUCUGGGACCAGUUGAUGGCCAAACCAAGAGAGCUGCGGAUCAAAGAUAUGGACUUCACCGACCUGAAGGAUGAGGAUGACAUGGACAUUUUAGAUAUGGACAGCACGACAGGGUCAGGUGACCUAAUACCACCUCUUCCUCCCCUGCCGUGCAAUACCGCCCUGCCACCACCACCACCACUGUUUGGAUGCCCCCCACCUCCUCCCAUCCUUGGCAAAAUGAUGCCUCCACCUCCACCAUUUAUGGCCCCUAUCCCUCCGCCAUCCCCUCAGCUGAGCCGAGGGGAUAUUCCUCUCUUCCAGAAGAAGAAGAAGACCAUCCGUCUCUUCUGGAAUGAGGUUCGUCCUGUGGACUGGCAGUGUAAGAGUCAUAAAUUCUGUAAGGAUUCUCUCUGGUCCAAACUGGAGCCAGUUACACUGGACACAUCCAAGUUGGAGCAGCUGUUUGAGUCCAAAUCCAAGGAGCUCUCUGUCACGAAGAAAGCAGCUGUUGAUGGCAAACGGCAAGAGAUCAUAGUCCUGGACUCAAAGCGCAGCAAUGCUAUAAACAUCGGUUUGACUGUCUUACCUCCUCCCCGCACAAUCAAGACUGCCAUUCUCAACUUUGAUGAGUACGCACUAAACAAAGAAGGCAUCGAGAAAAUACUCACAAUGAUCCCCACAGAGGAGGAGAAGCAAAAGAUCCAGGAAGCUCAGCUGGUCAACCCUGCUAUCCCCCUGGGCAGUGCUGAACAGUUCCUUCUCACCCUCUCCUCCAUCACAGAGCUGUCUGCUCGCCUGCAGCUGUGGGCAUUCAAGAUGGACUACGAAAUUAUUGAGAAGGAAGUGGCAGAGCCUUUGCAGGACUUGAAGGAAGGAAUGGAUCAGCUGGAAAAAAAUAAGACACUCAGAUACAUUUUGACCACGUUACUUGCCAUUGGCAACUUUCUCAAUGGCUCCAAUGCUAAAGGCUUUGAGCUGAACUAUUUGGAGAAGGUCCCUGAGGUGAAGGAUACAGUUCAUAAGCAAUCUCUGCUGCACCACGCCUGCUCCAUCGUGGUUGAGAAGUUUCCAGACAGUACUGAUCUCUACUCUGAGAUUGGCGCUGUUACCCGCUUGACCAAGGUGGACUUUGACCAGCUUCAAGACAAUCUGGCCCAGAUGGAGAGAAGGUGCAAAGCAUCAUGGGAUCACCUGAAAGUCAUUGCAAAACACGAGAUGAAACCAGCGUUGAAACAAAAAAUGUCCGACUUCCUCAAAGACUGUGCAGAGAGGAUCAUCAUACUCAAGAUUGUACAUCGAAGAAUUAUCAACAGGUUUCAUGCUUUCCUGCUGUUCUUGGGCCAUCCGGUGUAUGCAGUACGUGACGUCAGCAUACACCGCUUUAGCAAGAUACUGAGCGAAUUUGCUCUAGAAUAUCGCACGACAAGAGAGCGCGUGCUGCAGCAGAAACAGAAGAGGGCCAACCACCGAGAGAGGAACAAGACCAGGGGAAAAAUGAUAACAGAUAGUGAAGAUGACAAUGAUAGUGAGAGUGGUAAAUUUGGUGGAGCCCCUUCAGACAAACCGGAGAGUCAGCCUCAGAGUGUCCAGAGUGCCGAAGAUGCAGCAGAACACGAGAACAUGAAGGCCGUCCUAAAAAGUAGCCUGCAGGGUGGAGAGAGUGGAUCAUCCACAGUGCCGGGCCUUCGAACACGCACCAGAGCCAGUAGCACCAGAGGUCGUGUUGCCCCAUGGUGCUCUGCCAACGACGACCCAGUAAACUGCACAGAUGACACAGCAGAUGAGAUCAUGGAGAGGAUUGUCAGGUCAGCCACUCAGGGGCCCAGCCAGCGGACGCAGCCGCGGGAGAGGAGACGAUCCCGAGCCAAUCGAAAAUCAUUGAGGAGGACACUGAGGAACGGUUUGACAACAGAGGAGGCAAACGCUCUUGGCUUGUCUAAUGGUUCGGAGAUGCAAGUGUGAGCUGGACCCCCACGGGACACCACGCUAUCUGGAAGCCCUUUCACUGCCCCAAACCCCCCAUAAGGACAUAAAGACCCAACUCGUCAACCUACUCUGCUCCGGUUUGGCACUAAAAUCCCCCUCCCCAACCCCAGCUUUGAUGAGUUGAUCUCAUCUUUGUAUGUCUGGACUUGACCAAGUGCUUCCUAACGAAAGAGAAGGGAGAACAGGAUUUUAUUCCUGAACUGAUGGGCAGAGGGAGCAGAAACAGCGUGCUGCAUUAAAACCACUAAGCUUUGCCCUUGUCGGUUAAACACAGUUUACACAUGAUUUGCUUUCAUAAGGCUUCAUCACAGUUAUGCUUUCAAUGUGAUAUUGCAUACAAACACCUGCAGAAAUGUUGUUUUUUUUUAAGGCCGAGGGAGUCAAAACAGUUGGCAGUUUAAUCCCCGUGGCCUUCAGUGAAUUGAGAGGGCUAGAAAAUCAGUUCAAAUAAAUAUGUUUGGGUUUAGUUUCAGCCCAGGAGCUUUCGUGACAAAAAAGACAUUUCAUCUAUUGAAUAGAUGGCCUUGUGCAGAGGGUUAUUUUGUUAUAUACUACUGUGGUAGUUUUGUGUUUCGUUUUGCUCAAGAAGGUGCUCAAAUAAGGAACAAUUGCACUGGAUGUAAAAGUUGGGUCUCAAAGGAAAGUGAGAUCCUUGACACUGAUUAACCAUUCAGACAUCUGAAUCUGAGAACAUACUCAGCAGUUAACCAGCAAUUCAGCAGUAGCACAGUUUUUAAAUAUUUAAUCAAAGUCACAUAUCCAAGGCAAGCGUGCAUUAGUUUACUAAAUAAGAAGGAAUUCAUCAGAGAAACGGCGCAGAUAUUUUUAAAAGUUGAUAUGAAGAGAGAAAGGCGAUUGCCAAUAGCUCCGUUACAGGUUUGACUGGCAAUCCCACUAGUUUCAGACUAAUGCUAACGAUGCAAACAUUUAUAGUUUGAACUGAAGUCGCAUCGUCACCGUCGUGAUCUAUUCUCACCGAUGAACAGCUGGAGUGAGGUGAAGUACAAGUGAGCAAUCUUCACAGAGUUUAUUUCGUUUUAUUUUGUAGAGACUAUGAGCUGCACAUUUCAGAGUGCCUUUCAGAGACAGCUAUUUAUUAAGAUGUUUUCAGGGACAUAUAAUAACGAAAAUGUUGCUACAGAUGUGCGGUCUGUGGGGCAGGGAGGGAGCAGAGGUUAAUAUUGCAGUGUAGAUCAUUCUUGAGCUGUGAUUUAUUUUUAACCAGUGUUUUUAAACUUGUCAUGGCAGAAUUACUUUUUUUGGUUCCAUGCUAUGUCUUGGAUCAAGUAGUUUAUGAAGAUAGCUUUAACAUAUUUAUGACAACUUAAGGAUUGGCUAUGCACAUUAGCUGUUAUCCUGUUGCCUUAUUGUAAGAUUCAUUUAGGUUCACUCCAUUCAUAGUGUAGGUAAAAUUAUAGAGAGAGAGAUCAGGCCAUUUUUGCCAUUUUCAGGGCAUGUGGAGUGUAUUUUUUUAAUUCUCAAUGCAAACCAUCAGGGGGCACAUUUAUAAUUAUUAGUUAGGAAGCACAUAAAUUUUUUUAAUUUAUAGACUUUUUAAAACAUCAAAAUCUGUACUGAACUGAAUAUUUUAGAGGUCCACGUGCUGUUAAUCAAUUUGAAAUGGCCUUGACUGAAUUCAUAAUGAUCUCUAUUCACUUUUAAUUUUCACUGUGAUGGAAACAUAGCCAUUGAGAAAAUAAUUUAGCGCAUUGUGAUAAAUCUGCAUAAAAAAAAAAGAAAUCAAAUGAGCACUCCAUUUUUAUUUUGUUUUGAAUUGACUGGAACCUUUUCAGCACCUUAGAUUCGAUGUGUAGCAUGCCACUUAGUAAAACUGCAGUUACAGGAGGAGCUGGGAGCUCAGUGCGUUUCCCGGGUUGUACUGACUUUUCAAGAGCAAAAACAUGUUUGAAGCAAUACAGGGGAAUGUUGUAAACAGAUGUACAUGUCAUAACUGUCUUUUUUUUUUUUUUGCUCCAUGUGUAGAAUAGUGUAUUAUAGACUAAAAGCAGUGUUAUUCAAAAUAUAAUUUAAGAAAACCAAGCCAUGCAUGGUUUUAAAAGAAAGUGACACUUCUGCUUAAUCCAGGAGGUGGUUUCACUUUGGUUCUAAGAGCUGUAGGAUUUUCACUUCAGACUGUAACAUGAACACCCAGCGAUCGGCUUUACCAGUUACUCCAGUAAAAUCCAGAUGGAAGCCUUUGAUUUAAUUGCACUUAUAUUUUUAUCAUUAGCCCAUCACACACUGCUGCCUGUGCCAUAACAUCACUGUGGAACUUGGACUAAAGUGCUUUACUACCAAGGCUUCAAUUGCAUCUAUACCCACAGCAAAAACUAUGUAACAACUACAAUAAAAAGGCAAAAUGCAAUUUUUUUUUUGUCAUCAACUUCU